GCACAACGCCACCCCACCACCUCUUGGGCAAUUCCCACAAGCAUUGAAGGUGAGUUUAACCUAAAACCAUCCAACGUCGACCAUCUCACCAAUCGCUGCGUCGGCGCCGUCUGUAGGACAAUCGAAGCGCACUUGAAUGUCAACAACCCAUGCGCCGCCUGCGCGCACCCGCUUUUGCGCAGAUCAACUCAACGCGACACCGAAAGCAAAGUCAGUUCGACAAGAUGGAGCAACUACCGAUCCUCCUUGACGGCUUGGAGGUGGGCAAGGCGAUCAUACAACCGGACACCCAAGCAAUCGAUGACGCAGAAACUGCAGCUUUUGUCAUCUCGUGCACCAACGAGGUUCGGAUCUGCCUCUUCUGCGAUGGCAGCUUCGGGAUGGGCAGAGGCGGCGUCGCUCUGGUAUCUAGGACCCAUUGGCUACCUUUUGGAUGGCGUUCUGGUGACACUGCCAAGCUGCCAUACUGGCACUUUUCCCAGCAAGCUUGGCCAUAUCCCUCCGCUACAGGGUCGAUGGCUAUGGAGGGCGUUGGAAUUUUGGAGGCCUUCCAUGAAGCCAACAAGAUCAUCGCUCGCGACCUUCUGGUAUUGAAGGAACACAACGGCAUAGUCACCGUCAAGAUCACCAGUGAUUGCGUCAGCAUGAUUCGCCACGUCGCCAACAACGCGGUGGUCAAAGAGAGGACUAUGCGAACGGUCCCGCCGAAGUUGAUCAAGAUGAUCAAAGAAGAGAUACAGAUGCUUCACGGCCACGGAAUCAAGCUCACCGCAGAACUGCACUGGUGCCCACGCAACAAAGUCCCACAGCUGUUGGAGGCUGACAGACUAGCUUACGACUCGAUGAGAAAGUGCUGGGGCUUCGACGGAGAGGACUGGAACAGAACAAUCAAGUCAGACAUGGACCCCUCCGAGGCCGAGACAAGCGCGCCACCAAAAGCACCGCCAAAGACCCCCGCGCCCAUGGGGAAGAGCAAGGCUGCGAAGAGACGGGCGACGAAACGGGCCGCCCGCGAGGCCGCGAAAGCUACUGCGACGGCCGCUGCCGAUUCCGCCAGCCACCCUCAACAGUCCCUGCCCCCGAUCCCCCCUCCCAGGAGGCGAGGCCGCUGCGCACCGGCGGCGAACAGCACCAGAGCGGCCACCCCGCCUCUUGAGCAGCCGGAUAUUGAGGCCCCGCAGAACGAGCCUCUUGCCAAGGAGUCUGCCACCGCCGGAGUUGCGAAGCGCAAGGCCGAAGAUGACGAAGACACCGAGGGGCCAAACAAGAAGGCGAAGGUGUCACACGGACAAGAGGAGGAGGCCAUCAACAACAUUGCGGGACAGACUCAGAAACUCCUCAAAGUACACCUGGCACGAUGUCGGCUAUGGUUGAUUUAGAGCCAGAGACCAAGGGCUUCAGCGGGGCAUGGCGGAAGGAGACGCCGCGGCGAGAUGUGAUGAUCUGAAUAUCCUGUACACGGCCCGGUCGAGCCCAGUCAGGAACGGUCAGCAGUGAUGGGGAGUGGUAUGGAAACAAGCGUAUCUGUUCAAGAUGUAUAAAAUAAUUCAUUUUAAUGCCUGUCAUGCAUGAGAGUCACCAAGUCAUCUCCAGGCGCUCAAAAGAAAGAUCGUGUAUUUCACCUGAUAUACACGGGGAUAAGACCUUGCGUGUGUGCUCAGUCGUACGGCGCUCUUGUUGCUCAAGCACUGCUCUGAUCAAGGUCCGGUUGGGGAAUAAGCAGCCAAAUCUUGUAUGACGUCAAUUGGGCUGAACAGCAUCAUGUCUCGAAGUUGAG